UAAUGAAUAUCUAUUUGUGUUAAUGGAUAUCUAUUAAAUAUAUAUUUAUGUGUUAAUGAAUAUCUAUUUAUUUAUUAAUGAAUAAUAAAAUAGGUAAAAUGCCACCUAAGAGUAAAGAUAGUGGUAAGAAGUCCCAACGUCCGAGGAAAGUAGUAUGUGACGCGCCUCACAUGGCCGUGUGUCCCCGCCCUCAGAGUGUUGAUCCUAUGUCUUUAGCCAGUACUCAGGCUUUUACCCCAUUAAUCUCCUCCCACACGUUCCCGUAUGGGGUACCUGCAUCUUUCCAGUACUCAGUGGUACCGCCAUCCUUCUAGCAUCCUGGUGUGCCCUCGUCCUUCCAGCAGGCGGGAGGACCUAGCUUUCCAUUCACACAUACUGGUGUGCCCCCGCCCAGCUUUCCAUUCGCCCAUACUGGCAUGCCUUCAUCCUUCCAGCAGACUGGAGGAUCUGGUUUUUCAUAUCCCAUGCAGAUGACUUCAUCCUUCCAGCAGACGGGAGGAUCCAGCAGUACACGUCCGACACAGGCUGGACGAUCUCCUAGUCCACGCCCCACACAGGCUGGACGAUCUCCCCGUCCACGUCCGACACAGGCUGGACGAUAUCCUAGUCCACGCCCCACACAGGUUGGAGGCUCACGCACCCCACAUCCCACACAUGUACCAGCCCGUGAGGUUGAUGACGCAGUUGAUGAGAUAGAUGGAGCUGAUCUUCGUGGGAGGGAUGAUCCCGAUGAGAUUCAUGUCGUUGACGGUAGAUUUUGGAUUCAGCCCGAAGGAAGCAAUUUUACGCCGAGUCGGACUGCUGCUAGGAUUGUUAACAAUAUAAUUCAGCAGAUGUAUAAAUCAGCUUUUAAGAGCUAUGGGGACGUCGAAAAUAAAGAUGAAUGGUUUAGAAUGUUUAAGGUAUGUUGUGAAAAACGAUGUCAAGAACAAAGUAUAAUAGGAAUUAGGGAAGAUAGGAAGAACACAAGAAUUGGUUAUAACUGCUAUUCUUUUACUUUCUCUUAAAACAAGAUUACAAGUUUACAAGAAUAACAAAUAACCUCUCUCACCCUAAAUUAGGAUUUGCAGCUUAGCAAUGAUGAGAGACUAGUAUGCUAUUUAUAAUAAAACCUAACAUACUAACUAAUGGGCUUUUUCCACAAGGCCCAUUACACAAGCCAACUUAAUAAACAAGCUAACUUAACAAAUUAGGGUUUAAACACUAAAACCUAAUUUAACAUGCUAACAACCCUAGCAUCUUCGACACAAGCAUGUGAACAACCUUCGACUUCAUGCUUAAACCUGUCGAACCAAGAAGCUACCCUUAGGCCAUACUAGAGUUCGAUCCAAUAUCUCACAAAUCUCCACCUUGGAUCUAACUCUACAACAUCAAGAGAACAAACUAGCUUUCUUCAUGCAGCUUUAGCAACUGCAUACAGUGGAAAAACUUACAACUCGGUAAUGUCUUGGUGAUCAUAUCAGCAGCAUUGUCUUCAGUUGAAACCUUCAGCACUUGGACUUCUCCACGCUCGAUUACUCCUCUAACGAAAUGCAGCCUCACAUCAAUGUGCUUAGUUCGCUCAUGAUAGGCUGAAUUCUUCGACAGGUGUAUUGCACUUUGACUAUCACAUUUAACAGUGAUACCUCGACCUUGAAGUUUCAGCUCCUUCGCAAAACCUUCUGUAACACCCCAUAUUUUACAUUUGUUAAUUUAAUGGGAGUUUAAAUUAAUUUCUUGGAUUAUUGGUAUUUUAAUUGGACUUAAGUUGGAAAUUGUGUAAAAUAAGCUAU